GGACAAUAUGACAGACUCAAUCAAUAAAGAUAUGCCCAAUUGAAUACUCUCAAAUCCUAUUUGUGAAGUCAAUUGCUCAUUCUUUUUGAUACUGUAUUAUUGUUUACUCGAUGGGCAUCAACUAUGGCUGAAUCGUCUCCCCGCUCUACCUAUCUAGUCAGGGCCACUGAACCAUGGCAUGGCACCUUUUUGGGUGUAAGUAAUCGAAUUUCAGCCCCUGAAACGAGCAACACAAGUGUAGCUAAGGCAGAUCCUCAUCAUCACCAACUCUUUAUUUCACUUCCUGGUUUCUACCUUCAUCGUUCCUCCUUUCUUCUCAUUCUCUGUGUUUUGGGGUCUUUUUUGUGUACUUCCUCAUUCCCAUGUUCUCUUCUUUCUGUCUUGUCUGACUCUUUCCACUUGUCCCACCCACGAUCUUCGUGGUUGUCCACUCUCGUUAUACCAGAUCCAAUCAAUCCACUUUCAUACAUACAUCACAUAGUGUUCGCUGCACGCUAGGUAGACGUGCUGCCCCAUUCUGGGCUGCAGUUGUGCCAGUUGAUCCCUUGGACACCUGGACGUCGACCUAGUUGUCUGUCCGUCUGCUGUCUGGCAUCACAGCUUUGGCAAUUGUUAGACUCAAUUAUUGACUGCCUUAUAACUGUUUCUUCUUUCGUUUUCCCCGCCUGGCCCUGCCUGAUUCCUUGGUGAUCUCCUUUCUCCUGUCUAUUCUGUAGUCUUAUUUUCUUUUCUUUUCUUUU